GCUUCCGGUGACGUCACGGGAGAAGCAUGGCUGCGGGCUGCAGGUGGAGAAGUCUUCAUCAGAGGGAGAGAGACUGAGCCUGGAGGGGCUGAGAAAGUGAAAGAUCCACCACCUGGCAUGGAAACCUGUCCAUUCUGCGGGAAGGCCUUCAAAAGGCUAAAGACCCAUUUACCGCACUGUAAGGCAACCGAGCAGGCAAAGAAAAGUCCAAAAACGGGGAAGAAGAAAACUUUAUUGGUGGAAGCAAAAGAGCAAAACUUAAAGAAGAAAAUUUUGCAGAACCCGAAGGAGGCCAGUUCAUUGGCACCAGCAGACCCCCUUCAUGUAGCAGUCACACCGCCUCAAGCCUUGCCAGGAGGCUCCAAAUUCUUGAAGGCCUCAGAGGACAACUGGACUUGGCCCGACCGCGAGGCAGAUUUUAGAGGUGCCAAGGGGAAAUCGAGAAGCGCUGGUGUCAAGUCAACUGUAUAUGAGAAAGUUUCCAAGAAAGCUUUAUUGGAGGAAACCAAAGAGCAAUGCAUAAAAAAUAAAGUUUUGCAGAACCCGAAGGUGGCCAGUUCAUUGGCACCAACAGACCCCCCUCAUGUAGCAGUCACACCACCUCAAACAUCAGCUGUUCAAGCCUUGCCAGGAGGCCCCGAAUUCUUGAAGGCCUCAGAGGACAACUGGACUUGGCCAAACCCCGAGGCAGAUUUUAGAGUUGACAUAGGGAAAUCGAGAAGCGAUGAUGUCAAGUCAACUGUAUAUGAAGAAGUUUCCAAGAAAGCUUUAUUGGUGGAAGCAAAAGAGCAAAACUUAAAGAAGAACAUUUUGCAGAACCCGAAGGAGGCCAGUUCAUUGGCACCAGCAGACCCCCUUCAUGUAGCAGUCACACCGCCUCAAGCCUUGCCAGGAGGCUCCAAAUUCUUGAAGGCCUCAGAGGACAACUGGACUUGGCCCCACCGCGAGGCAGAUUUUAGAGGUGCCAUAAGGAAAUCGAGAAGCGAUGGUGUCAAGUCAACUGUAUAUGAAGACGUUUCCAAGAAAGCUUUAUUGGAGGAAGCCAAAGAGCAAUGCUUAAAAAAUAAAGUUUUGCAGAACCCGAAGGAGGCCAGUUCAUUGGCACCAACAGACCCCCUUCAUGUAGCAGUCACACCACCUCAAACAUCAGCUCUUCAAGCCUUGCCAGGAGGCUCCAAAUUCUUGAAGGCCUCAGAGAACAACUUUACUUGGCCAAACUACAAGGGAGAUUUUAGAGGUGCCUUAGAGAAAACGGCAAACAUUGGCAUUAAGUCACCUUUAUAUGAAGAAGUUUCUAAGAAAUCUUUAUUGGUGGAAGCCAAAGAGCAAUACCUAAAUAAGGAAGGAGAUGACACCAUGGAAACGACAAAAAAGGCACAGCCUUUUAAUGAGAGCCUUUUCCAGAAACUUAAGCUGCCUUCUGAGCCAAAUUCUUCUUUUCUGCCAUCAACCAUGGUUUUCUCCUCUCACAGACCUCAUAGUGAGUUUCCAAGGCACGGUGAUCAUGUACAAUUACCACAUAUAUCUCGCCAACUGCAGACUCAUGAAUCUGACGCAUUAAAGAGCAUGGAGAAGUCUUUAGAGGGCCAACUAGACCUGACCCCAGCCAACGAGACCAAGACUGCCCUGCCGGUCAGAGAUCCGUUAUCAAGAAAUUGCUCUUUGGGUCUGCAGUGGAUUCCAGAACUGCACUCCAAUUACAUCCAGCUGAAAAUUGUUCCUGAACAAAUAGAUUUAAAGAGUUCCAGAGGGAGAAUGGGAAAGUCCAUAGCUCCGGGACCUUUUGACCCAGAGUCCUGUAGGCCUACACAGCGUCCGCCCAUUCCGGAGGUCCCGCUGACGUCGCGACGGCUGAUGAAUGUUAGGAUCGGUGAGCUGCCUUCCUGGCUGGCGCUCCAAAGACUCUCCAUGAAUACUAUUCCUGAAUUGGGGGUCAAAGCGUGGACUCGAUACUACAACAAAUACAUCAAUGUGAGGAAAGGAGGGAUAGGAGGCCUGGCGAUGCUGCUCACUGGCUACUGCGUCCUGAGCUACUCCUGGAACUAUCGCCGCAUACGACAGGAUCGCUGGAGGAAAUACCACUAAGACUUUUCAUCCAGUGAGAAAGGUCCAAACACUCCAUAUUGUCACCAGCAAGCCAAAAACCACAGCGAGGCCUGAGCCGUGUGGUGCGAGUUCCUUCCGGAGGUCCCGUUUGACGGUCCAGAUGUGACAGUUGAGCCUGGCGCUCCAGAGACUUUCCGUUAUUGAAACCUGAUUUUUCAUUGGCUGUUCCUCAAGUGCCUUUUUGUUUGUUUGAGUGUUUCCUCAAUAAUAGUUUUGCGGACUGCUGUUUGAUGCUCAGUUAUUUAAUAAAAGUUAUUUUUUCCUCAAAA